AUGGCUCGUCUGCGGUAUAGCUCCGUAAGGUCCCGAAGUCUGUAUGUAGUGAAAUUUGUUCCACUGGACAUAGAAAAGCCGCCAUGGAAGGAAAGCCUAUUUGCUGCUUCCUCUGUAUCCAAUGUUCUGAAGGCGAGAUCAGUAAUGUUAGCGGUGAGUAAGGAACGAGAAGCAGCUGAAAGUUCCAGUGAAUGCCAAAAAUGUCAAGUCGCUUACUGGCCUAACCAAAGAAAAGACAAAUGCAUCCAAAAAGAAAUAGAAUUUUUAUCCUAUGAAGAUUUGCUGGGUGCAACUUUGGCCAUUACUGCUUCUAUCAGUGCAAUACUUCCACUUUCUGUUCUUGUAAUCAUCAUCAAAUAUCGUGAUACUCCAGUUGUGAAGGCCAAUAACCGUGAACUGAGCUACUUUCUCCUUCUUGCACUUAUAUUAUGUUUUCUUUCCUCAUUAAUUUUCAUUGGUCAGCCCACAACAGUGGCAUGUAUUAUGCGUCAGGCAGCCUUUGGUAUAAUAUUUACAUUUUGCAUAGCCUGUGUACUGGCCAAAACUGUUAUGGUUGCCAUAGCCUUUAAGGCAACAAAGCCAGGCAGUAGUUUAAGAAAGUGGGUUGGACAAAAACUGCCAAACACGAUUAUUCUUGUUUGUGUUACACUUCAAAUUGUGAUCUGUGCUGUGUGGUAUAGCAAUGCAAGACCUUACCUGGAAAAAAAUACAACAUCAUACCUUAACAAGAUUAUAAUUGAGUGCAAUGAAGGCUUUACCCCUGCUUUUUGGGGAAUGCUGGGUUACCUUGGGUUUUUAGCAAGUGUAAGCUUUGUUGUUGCUUUUCUUGCUAGGAAAUUACCCGCAUCGUUUAACGAAGCUCAACUCAUCACUUUUAGCAUGAUAAUAUUUGUUUGUGUUUGGUUGGCCUUCAUCCCCGCUUAUUUAACCACAAAUGGAAAGUAUACAGUUGCUGUGGAGAUAUUUGCAAUUUUGACUUCCAGCUAUGGUUUGUUGUAUUGCAUAUUUUUUCCAAAAUGCUACAUUAUAUUACUAAGACCAAAUAAAAACAAGAAGCAAAAUCUGAUAGUUUCUUCAUGCUUUGAAGGAAGUUAG